AUGUCCAGCCCUCUCGUCUUUAUCACCGGUAGCACAGGCUUCAUCGGCUCAUAUGUAGCCCUAGAGGUCCUGAAGGCAGGUUACCGCGUGCGUCUCAGUAUCCGCGAUCCAAAGCAAGAAGCCGUCCUGCGAGCGCGCUACAGUGAGUUCGACCAGAAGUCUGUUGAUGUCAGCUUGGUUCCGGACGUGACCAAGCAGGAGUAUUACGAUACGGCCCUCAAGGACGUGGACUAUGUCUUCCAUCUUGCUUCUCCGCUGCCCUCUGCAAGCGGCGACUUGAAGAAAGAUUACAUUAAUCCCGCUGUGAACGGCACGCUGGCGGUCCUCCGUGCCGCCUGUGCUUACCCGCAGAUCAAGAAGGUGGUGGUUAUGUCGUCGAUAGCGGCGACAGCGCCCGUGGUGGAUAAGCUCAUCUACACGGAUAUGACGUGGAACGGUCCCCGCGAGGUCAUUCCCGUGGACACCUCGGCCAUUUACCCAGAUGACCCGUACGGCGGCUUCCAGAAAUAUUCCACCUCCAAGAUCGUGGCUCACCAGGCGACGCGCGACUUUCUCAAAAAUGAGAAACCUCAUUACAACCUGAUCACCGUGCACCCAAGUUACGUGAUGGGCGAGAGCCUGAUCCAGCAAACAGCCGAGCAGCUCGGCGGCGUGAACGGCAUGUUCUGGAUGUCUUUACAGAGCAAGCUGCCUCUUUUCGGUAUGGCGUGGGUGCAUGUUCGUGAUAUUGCCGAUGCACAUGUCAAGCUUUUGCAGACGGAUCUGCCGACUGGGACGGAGAUUAUCCUCUGUGGUCCUGUGAUUGCUUGGGAGGAUGUUAUUUCGUUCGUUCGGAGCAAGUAUCCCGAUCUGCCGGUGAAUCUGGAGCCGCCGGUUAACCCCGGGAAAUGGAUUGUGAACCAGGAAAUUGCAGAGAAGAACCUGGGUAUUCAGUGGAGAAGUAUGGAGACCAUUGUGCAGGAGGUUGUGAAUCAGCAGUUGGCUCUGCAGUCCAAGGCUGCCGCGCCUUAG